AUGGGGUACUACGAUGUGGAUGAGAUAUUGGCAGCAGGGACCAAGUUUUCGUGUAAAUUCAAUUACGACAUUCCUGGGCUAGGGUAUUUGGAAGGGAAUCCUGGGAGACAGUUGAAUAAGAAUGCGAAGAUUGAGUUGCCCUUAUGGUUAGCUAGUGUAUUGGCUAUUGUAACAGGGGACCAAGAGCAUGAUGAUGAAGAAGCGUUACCAUUUGUACAGUUUUUAUCCCCAGAGAUGUUUUCUUCCAAAGUGGUUAAUGCGAUUAAAUCCGACGCCCCAACUUUGGACGUGCACUCUAUUAGUGGACAGUUCUACACCCUUGGGAUCAAGUGGGCGACGUUAUUUUCAGAUGUGGAAUUGGCAGGUGUGAUCAAUAAGAUGUUAUUGGAGAGGGCACUUGAAAUUAACAGGCAUGCAAGUAGUGUGUCUGUUGAUGCCGGGGUUGCGCCUUCUGAUUCUACGGGGACGUUGCUUAUGACGUUGGAUGAGUUUGAGAAGAAGCUGUAUAAGGAGACGCACGAUACUUACAGGGAUGCCAAACUGUGGCUUUCGCGGAGAUGA